AGUUUGACAGCAGCCGUCGUCACUAAAAAGAAAAGAUUUUCAUCGGGCGCUGUUGUUCGUGUCGAAAAAAGUGCUAAUUUUCUGAGAAAAAACAAUUUUUGCCUGCCUAACAUAGUGCGAACAGUGCAUGAAGUCUGUUUGAAUCCGAUUGUUGGUCGUGUUUCCGGAAAGCACUUCUAUUCGGAGGUGAAAACAUCAAUUUUCGAACGUCCUGGAGUGACAUUAUCCGGUUAGUGUCGUUACGGUGGAAGAGUGGUCCGAGUGGGUGGUAGGCGGCAAAGAGCUGGCAAGAGUGAAAAGGAAAUACUGCAGUUUGGAGGUUAGGAAUAGUUUGUUUUUGUUUGCAAACUCUGGUCGCUGAUCCUGAGCGGAAUUUGAACGGCAGGUUUAACAAUGAAAAGAAAAUCGGGAAACGAUUUAACAACGCAAACAUUGUUGGAUUUCGAUCUUGGUGAAAGUUCUUCGGACUCGGAUUUCAGGAUCGAAGAUCACGACGACGAUAGCGAUGACUUUUCGGCCAACAGUAAGGAAGACGACGGUGACGAUGAUGACGGUGAUGAUGAUGACGAUGAUGAUAAUGGGGGUGAUGACGACGACGAAGAUGGCAGUGGCGAGGGCGAAGAUGAAGAUGGAACCGAUAGCGGAACUACAGCGAGUGGUUCCAAAGUGGUGGAAAUUCCGAAACCGGGACUGGCGCCACCGAAGCCUGUCAGCUUGGAGGAAGUAAUGAAGCCGAGCCUAAAAGGAAUUGACAAGGCAACGUUGAAGUUGUUGGCCACGCCUAUUUGCUGUGCAUGUUUGGGAGAUCGGAGUGAUGAUCAGAACGAAAUAGUCGAAUGUGAUGGAUGUGGUGUGACGGUUCAUGAAGGUUGUUACGGCGUGAGUGAAAGUAACAGCGUCAGCAGUACAAUUUCGUCUUGUUCAACGGAGCCAUGGUUUUGUGAGGCAUGUAAAGCGGGAAUAGCUGAUCCAGAUUGUGAACUGUGCCCCAAUAAAGGAGGCAUUUUUAAAGAGACGGAUGUUGGUAAAUGGGUGCAUCUGGUUUGUGCGCUCUAUGUUCCCGGUGUUGCCUUUGGUGAAGUGGAUCAGUUAUCGUCGGUGACUCUGUUUGAAAUGCCCUACAACAAAUGGGGUGCAAAGACAUGCAGUCUCUGCGAUGAUACUAAGUUUUCUAGGACAGGAGUUUGCAUUGGUUGCGAUGCUGGUAUGUGUAAGACCUAUUUCCAUGUAACUUGCGCCCAGUAUGCCGGUCUGUUAUCGGAAGCGCAUUCAGAAGAAGCAGAUCAGGCCGAUCCAUUCUAUGCUCAUUGUAAGAUACAUUCAGAUAAAACGUUAAUCAAGCAUAGAAAGCGAAACUACAACGCUAUCAAAUUGAAAGCUUUCAACAGGAAAGUGGAACAAGAAGCGAGGAAAUUGGAAAAACCCUCCCCAGAACAGGUACGUAUAGAACGUAAACUGGCUAAACAUAGGAAAAAGUAUGUUAUCCACAAAGAGACUAAGAACCCACCCUGGGUUCCAACGCAGAAAAUGCCUCGAUUGCUAACCACUAGUGCAACAGCAUGCAAAAAGCUUCUAUUGAAAGCUGAGCUCAUGGGAAUCGACACUGCAGCGAUGGAAUUCCAAGAAGCUCAAAUGACUGCAUUGUCUGAUGUUCGCAAAAAAUGGCACAUUCCACCAGCUUUCAGCGUGGAGUUUAUCGGUUACUAUCUGGAUCGGACAGUGCGACUCAAGGAAAUCAAAAACAAUCUUCAAGGACAAGUCACAUCCAAUCAAAAGUUACUAGGAGAGCAACAGCGACUGCGAGAUAAGUAUGAUUCAACAGUAAAAACUAACCAAGAGGCAAUGGCCCAAAAUGAUGGACUGAAAGAUGCGAUCAAGAAACUGUACGACGAUAUUCAUGCACUCUGUCCUAAUAAACCAUUAAUUCCAAUUGAACAAAUUGGCAAACCUCCGUCGGUACCUCCCAUGCAAAAUCCAAACGUAAUCAUAAACACCCCUAGCUCAACGCCUCCAGCAAGAACCAUUACAGUUCCCACGGCCGCUGCCUUGAAAAUGGGAGUUGGAUUUCCAUUGCAAAAUCUUAUUGCUCCGGGAAAGCGCGAUGACACCGGCCGCAUUUUGAGUACCCAGUGCAAACAAAACAGCGAAGAGCUAUUGAACGAGUGCGGAAUCUGUAAGCGGUGCUCAGAUCAGCAUCUUCUAGCCAAAUGCGACACAUGUCAUCUGUACUAUCAUCUUGGUUGUUUGAAUCCUCCACUAACGAGGCUCCCUAAAAAAUCUAAACUUUACGGUUGGCAGUGUUCUGAAUGUGAUAAGUCUGAUGAUUCCGGUCCGGAAAACGUUAUACUACCGAAGGCUCCGAGGAAAUCAAGAACACGCUACAGCAAAGAUGGAAUUAUCGUUCCGUACGACAUGCCAUCGCCAGAAUUUGACAGAUCUCCUGAAUUUGUGCCGAAACGUUUGCGGAAAAGUGCUAGCGUUAGUGGCAACACCAGCACAGCUGAAAAUAGUCCCAUUAAAACUACUUUGAAUGGUAUCGAAACCAAAGAAGUGGUUCUGGAAAUUAAAAAAAUUGCCCUGGAUUUGACCGAUAAAGAAGCUUCUAGGGAAACUUCGAUGGAAUUGUCUGAUAAAUCCUUGGUGAAAAAAGGUCGCAAGAAAAAGCCUAAUGAGAUGAGUGAGGAUGUCAAGCCCGUUUUGAAAAUUGAAAUAAAAGACGACAAACCGAAACCGGAGUCUACAACAUCUGUGAAGCCUGUGGUCGACGAGUCUGUAACUGUUAAAGAUGAUAUUCCCAAACUGUCACCUAUUGAAAUCAAGCAGAAAGAGAUUAAGAAAGAUAAAAAGAAGGAAAAGACAAAACCUUCGACACCGUUACUAGAAGGCAGGGAGCAGACUUCGCCAGCGUCGAAACCAUUAGUUGAACCGAAGGAACCUAUUGCCUCUGGAUCAUCUUCUCAAGAGACUAUAUCCACAGCAACAACGUCCACUACAUCCAUAGGGUCUGUCGAAGCUAUACAACCAGCAGCGAUGGUGGAACAAUCGUUUGUCCCUUUAGUUCCGAUACCUUCCAUACCGGUCGAAACCGAAAACCACCCUUCCGGGGCUCCUUUCCGCAAUCACUCGCACAAACACAGCAAGCGAAAAAAAGAAAAACAUCGAAAUCGGUCGCCGCACGAAGACGGGUCCCCCACAAAAGAGCACAAGCGCAAACGGAAGCGGAAGAACCACGAUAUCGAAAAUCCCAACGAUGUCGGUGGAAGCGGCGGCAGCAGCGUCCCACAUGCUGUCUGCUCUGUUCCGUCGGACGACAAUAGGCCUCGGAUCAAAAUUAAGAUCAAAUCAGUACUAGAUGGUUCUAAUACCCAUACAAUAUUCUACGUUCCUAACGAUAGCAUAGAACCACCAAGGCCCUCGACAAGCAGCGAAUCUAUUGUGCACAAAAGUACUCCACUCAACUCACCAGCCAUUGUACCCAGCACCAAAAUUCCAAUCAAACCCGAACCCGCUAAGGCAAGCACGUCUGCUCCUGCUAUACUUUCUCCAGUGAAGUCGCCCAUCCCUUCGUCAGUGGGUGCAGCAAUAUCCGUACCGGUUAUUGGCACGAAACAAUCAUCACCACCACCGGCUGCUGCCGGCCGUGGUCGAGGCCGACGGCUCAGUUUAAUGAGACCAAGCCGGCUGAACGCAUCGUUGAACUCAUCCUCCGGAAAUAACUCAUCAGCCGCUGGCGGCGAACUGACUUGCGAUGUCUGCAAUCAACCCGGAAUGUCUAACAAUAUUGUGCAGUGUGAUGAGUGCCACAAGAACUAUCACUUCGGCUGCUUGGAUCCUCCAGUGAAGAAAUCGCCUAAACGUCGUGGGUAUUCCUGGCAUUGUGCAGAUUGUGAUCCAACGGAUACCGAAACCAACUAAAACAACGAACCUUGAAGAACAGUCGCCAGCCGGGAUGAACAGUGAUAUCAAACGUACAUGAAAAAUGGAUCUGCUUUACUGGACCUAACUUUAAAUUUCCAUAAAAGCGUAAAUCAGUCUAAAAUGAGUAUUUUCUGUAUGCGAUAUGUCUUAUAUUAAAAAGAAAUAUGGAAUAAAUAAUGAACCAAAA